AAAAAAUGCAAAUUUGUAACUGAGUAAUACCGUACUUGUUGAUGUUUACAAUACUUUCGGGUGUUCCGGUUUCUGUUUGACAACAUGCAUUUUCUUUUUUAAUAUGACGAUAUAGGAAGACAAUGGAUUGGAUAUUUGUACUUGGCGUUGUUAUCUCAGUUGUCCUAUGUUUGCUUACAUUCAUCUCAAUAUAUAUAAUACAUGGAAGAAGAAAAUACAGUCAUAUCCCUGGACCUCCAAUAGAUAACUUUUUGCUUGGAAAUGCACCUUUAUUCAAUAAAUAUAUGAAGGAAGGAAAGUUCUUUAGUGCAAUGACAUUGGAUCUGUGUAAAACGUAUGGACCUAUAUUCAAAAUGAGCUUCAUGCAUGGUACAUUUGUUUUCACUUCUGAUCCACAGGCUGUCAGGGAAUUACAGAUCACAGGAAAUCAUCCAAAAUCCUACAUUACAUUGGAAGGAAUAAUAUAUUUAUUUAGAGAAAGAUUUUUCGGAAAGAGUCUUGUGUCCGAAAUUGACCAAAAAGUUUGGGUAUGGAGGAGGCAGUUGAUGAACCCUUGUUUUCAAAAAAGUUAUCUGAGAGGACUUGAAUCUGCAUUAAAUACAGAAAUAGACUUAUUGAUAACUAGACUUGCUGGACUAGCAGACAACAAAACAAAAGUGUCCAUGCUGGAUGAAUUUAAUCAUCUGACUCUUGACAUUAUAGGAAAAAUUGCUUUUGGGAUGGAAAUGAACAAUGUUGUCAAUAGGACAGAAAAAUCAGAAUUUACCAAAGCCAUACAGCUGUGUUUUAGAGGAAUAUCUGAAAACAUUAAGGACCCUUUCUUUUCGUUUAAAAUUUCCAACUGGAGUUUUAUAAAAGAUGUGAGGAAAGCUUUGAGAUUCUUGCGAGUAUUUGCUAAGCAGUGCUUCGAAGAGAGAAAGGCAGCUAUAGAAAGGGGAGAUUACACACCAGAUGACAUAUUAAAUCACAUAGUGAAAAUGAAAUUAGAGAAUCCAGAGUUAGAAGAUGAAGUUAUAGUGGAUGAUAUAAUUGUAUUUUUUGUGGCAGGACAAGAAACAACAGCUUGUUUAUUGAGUUUUACCAUGAUCUGUUUAUGGCAGAAUAAAGAUGUACUUAAAAGGCUACGCACAGAGGUAUAUGAUGCUGUUGGUAUGAAAGCUUAUCUCAGCAUUGAAGAUGUGAAUAAAAUGAAAUACUUGGACAUGGUAAUAAAGGAGAGUCUGCGGCUUUAUCCUCCCGGACCAAAUACAUUCAGAGAGCCAAAAAAUGACAUAGAAAUCCUUGGAUACAAGAUUCCUGCUGGAACACCAAUAGCUAUGAGUACUUAUGUAAGUUCAAGGCUGGAAGAAUACUUCCCUGAUCCAUUGAAGUUUUUCCCUGAAAGAUUCAGUCCAGAUGCUGAAAACAAAAUUACAUCGUACACCUACUAUCCAUUUACACUAGGCCCAAGAACUUGUAUUGGAAAAUCAUUUGCUGAAAUUGAGGCAAAAAUUAUACUUGCUAAAAUAAUACAGAAAUUUAACUUUGAGAUGGACCCAGACCAGUCAUUUGACAUAGAAGAGAGUACAACAUUAAAACCCAAAGGUGGAGCUGUUUGUACAUUGACUUUAUGUGACAGUUUUGAAGGCUAAUUACUCCUGUCAAUGCUGGUAACAGUACAUAGUGACUGUUGAACAAUUCAUGUGUUUAUCCUGAGAUUACUAUAACAAUCUCAGCUUUAUCCCUGUGAAAUCAAGUUUGAACAAAACCCUUAAUUAAGUUGACUUUAUUAGGUUACCUCUGAAGGGCAAUUAUAAUUCUGGAGUAUCCUUGGUUUCAACAUGUAUUUCUAGGAAGAUUUGUUCUUUCAUUCAAAUAACUCGCUGAGAUAUAGCCUUUUUGUGCUUAUGCAGCGUAAAGCAUCCAACAAUCAAUCAAUCAUUCAAAUAACAAACACAAAAAAAUCAUGAUAAAGACAUUAUAAUAAACAACAAAUUAUAUAAA